AUUUUCUCGUUUUGUUGCGUAAGUGGAAUUAAUUGGCAUCAAGUAUGCGUAUGUAAUUGCAAUUAUACAGGAGAUAGAGAGUAAUUUAACUUGAGACAUGCGUUGAGGCUUGUUGACGUCCGCGAGGAAAGUUGAACAACUUUUCGAAAAGUUGCGCGCCUUUCAGCAGUUGGUUUUAGUGAUUUGUUUCGCGAUUUCUUGAACAAUUUGUAGUUAGUUGAGAAAGGAGGAUUUAACGUUGUUACGAAUUAAGUUCUGGAUUUGUAAACAAACGUACCUACUAAGCCUUAUCAGUGCAAGUUGUUGAAGUACGAAUUCGAAUACGAUGAAACUGAAGCAUCAAGCGGGCGAGAAAGUUAGUGAGAGAGUUUUUGAUGAUAAAAAAAGUACGGUCUAGAAGUGAGUAUGUAGGUAUUUUUUCGCAAUGUCUUUUAGGAUUAUUUGUUGGAUGUGGGUGCCCUCUUUUGGGUUGGUUGUACUCCCCCCUGCGAGAGGCGAGGGUGGCAGCAGGCGGUGGAAUAGACGUGCUCUCGCCCAGGACACAGCUUCUCCAUCGGCGCAAAUCCAAUUCAUGCAAGACUCAGUUUCAGUUCAGCGCCACCCUUGUUGGCAUGCGGCGGUAAAUACCCUAUAGAACUCGUGGCGAAAUCGUCGUACUGAUAGAUGAUUUCAACCCUCCAGAGCAUCUAGUUCGUCCAGAGAGACAGUAGGGCUGCUGAGAAAGUUUGAACGAAUUGUCAACGCGACUUUCUGUAUGUAAUGAUAAUUGCACUCAAUAAAAAAUCGCACUAUUAUUAGAGAAUUAUUGUAAAUUUUGAAAUGAUUUUUUUUCACUUUUGCACAAUACCACUCGCACAGUAGUUUAAAUAUUUUUCACGCCACCUGCAUAGCACCGCACCGCACCAAUUUAUAUACAUACAUAUCCGGAUUCAAGAUGAAAAAAGUUCGGUUUAUGAUACAGAUUUCAGUUUGGCUAUUAGUUUGUGCACAAAGUAAAGGAUUUGGCGUAUCGCGAACCAGAAAUUCAGGUGAAGUAAACCGCAAAGAUUCCGUGAAUGGAGAGCCCAGUUGUGAAGAACUCAAAGCAAUGUGGCGACUUUCCAAGAGGCAAUCCAGGGCAGCCGAAGUCACUAACGAAAUUCCCACAUUCAGAGACCCAUUCUCUUAUAACGUGUGGGAACCUUACUAUGUCGCCAGAUCACGCAGCAUGGGAGGAAUGCGUUUGGGUCGGUUUAAUAAAGAUCGCCCAGUAUAUGGUACAGUUGUUCAUAAAGCGCCGUCGCUGCGCUUUCAAGAUAUGGCUGGUCAAAAAGUUUUCGAAGAGGUAGCUCGAACCCUAGGGACUAAUCGUUUUGCUGUUGAACCGAGACGGAGAGCGUCCUUCAGGCUAGGAGGUGGCCGAAUUUCCCCCGUCAGAUACUCUCCUUCAAGUGGAAGUUUUCAGCACCUCAAGGAACUUAUUCGAACUGAAAGGGCCAGGGAACUUCAGGAGCAACGCAUGGCUGAAGAAGUAGCAGCCAGAGCUGCUGCAAGAAAGCACUUAAGCGGGCAUGGAAACUACAGAAAUCCCACAGCUAUGUCAGAUGCAGAAUAUAACUACGACGAACAAAGUGAUUACCCGGUGCGAGAAGGAAUUGUAGCAUUUCCUGAUAUCUUAGCACAAGCUGCCAGAGUUUCUCAAGAAGAAUAUCAACCACAAGACUACUACAGCAAGGAAAUACCCUAUUACAAGUCACACAGGUCUUCAUAUUAUGAUAUGAGCUCCCUCAACAAUGACAUGGAUGGUUUUUCGCUUUAAAUAGAGAAUAUUGGAGGGAAGUAUUCUUUUUUAAGAAGACUUCUGCGCUGCACCUGUAUCUAUAUGUAAAAUGGAUUUAAUUAAUUUGUUAUAUUGACCCUUAACGUGCUUAGUUCUUUAGAACAUUGACUGAUUAGAAUGAGAUAGCAGAAUUAACUGGCAAAACUAUAACUUUUGACUAUUCUGAUAAUCUGUACUGCAAAAGUUGUUCACCUUUGACCCAAAAACAUGUUCAAUUCCAGUUACAAAAGAUGCCGUUCAGCUUGUCAGAAUGCCAUUCAAUCAUUAUACAUAUCCUCCGAAAGUAAAAUCCUUGAAUAUUCCUUCUGAAGUUGUUAUCCAAUUUUUGAUAAACAAUCACAGGCAAAAUUCAAGGUUUUCACUUACUUAAAUAUUGAAACGGUUUUUAGCGAAAAUCAUGCUUUUUUGUUGCGUAGAAUAUUCAAAAUUGGUGCUGCCUGUUUUAUACGAUAAAUUUGUAGAAGGCCUUUUCGGGCCGACGUGGACGACAAUAACGUUUUUGUUUACCUAUAAUCAUUGCGAACGCGAUUUAGAAAAUAGUAACGAAUGAAUUUUCAAUCUGAAAAUGCAUAUCAAAGAAAAAUGGGUUACUUAAAAUUGAAUUAAAUUUUCUUCCCUUAACUUUUUUUCCAAAUGAAUAGAUAGGCUGUGAAAAUUUUAAUGGCUAGGUAAAUACAAAUUUGUUAAAACUAAUAUAAGGAAAUAUUACUUGUAGCCCGUUAUAAAAUAUUAUCUAACACAUGGACUAGGUAUUUUUGUCAAAUUUUUUUUUUUUUUUCGUAAAAGCAGCACCAAUUCGGAACAUAUUGUAUAUUAUCUAAUGUAUAAAACGCUUUCAACAUUAUGAUGUACGCAUUUAAAGUAUUCUAACAUCAUAAACGCUAUUUCGAAUAACUAUCAGGGAAAUUGAUAUCAAAAGAAAAAGUUUUUACUUCUAACAUAUCUUCGCCAUUGUAGUAGCUAUAUAUUAAAAAAUUUACAUUCACACUGAGAACAUGAAUGAAAAUGGGAAGUUGUAGAUAACCUGUUGCAAAAAUGCGAUCAAUACUGGCCUGAGUUUCAACAAGUCUCGAAGUGUUGAGGGUGGGAAUUAUAUUACCAACAAGAAAAGCAUGAAUGGCGCCAGUUGCUCCGCUAAGCUGAUGGGUGGUCUUAUUUUAUUAUUUUUUUUUUAAACUAUUCUACC